AUGAGUAAAUUUAGCGAAGAAGAAUUAAUUAUAAUUGCAUUAAUUCUUGACGAAGAGGAAGAAAUAAAUUCGAAAAAAAGAAAAAGGAAACGUACUUUAUGGGUACAUGAUUUAUGGAAAAAAAGAGAACAAGAAGGUGAAUUUUUAAAUUUAUUUAAUGGACUCGUGGAUGAUGAACAAAAAUUUUAUGAAUAUUUCCGAAUGACGCAGUACUCAUUUCAUAUUCUACUUGGAAAAAUAGAAGCCAACAUAAAAAAGCAAGAAACUCAUUGGAGAAAACCCAUUUCUCCUAGAGAAAGAUUAGCUGUCUGCUUAAGAUACUUAGCAACCGGAGAUUCAAUAAAAACUAUUUCGUUCAGCUAUCGUUUAGGUCUUUCUACUGUAUACCAAAUCAUCAUAGAAGUAUGUUAUGCAAUUAUUGAAAUUGUUAUGCCAGAAGUUAUGCCUGUUCCAACUGAACAGAAGUGGAAAGAAAUCGCAUCAGAGUUUUGGACUUGCUGGAACUUCCCCAAUUGUUUAGGUGCCAUCGAUGGCAAACAUGUUACAAUCCAAGCUCCUCCUAAUAGUGGUUCACAAUAUUUUUGUUAUAAAAAAACAUUUUCUAUAGUUUUAUUAGCAUUAGUUGAUGCUCAUUAUAAUUUUAUAGCUGUAGAUGUGGGAAGUUUUGGUAAAAAUAGUGAUGGAGGCAUCAUGGCUCAUUCAAAAUUAGGGAAAGCUCUUGAUCAAAAUAAACUGAAUGUACCACCAAAAGAAGCGUUGCCAGGAACUACAAAUGAUGUACCGUACGUUAUUGUAGGCGAUGAAGCCUUCCCAUUAAAAACGUAUUUACUGAGACCAUAUCCCGGAAAACAGCUAGAUUGUAAUGAAAAAAGAGUAUACAACUAUCGUCUAUGCCGGGCAAGACGAGUUGUGGAAAAUGCAUUUGGUCUAUUAUCACAAAAGUUUAGAAUAUAUAAUAGACGAAUGCAAGCUAAACCAGAAAAUGCUGAUGUAAUUAUAUUAACAACAUGUGUACUUCACAAUUUUAUAAAAAAAUAUGACGGGAAGUUAACUUAUGUACGUGACAAUAAACAAACGAGUGAGGACCAUUCAACUCCUAUAAAUUUGAUGAACAUUUCAGUACAAGGUGGAAAUGCAACACGAGAAGCUUUUGGUAUCAGAGAAACAUACAAGCAUUUUUUUAAUUCCCCAUGUGGUUCUAUUCCAUGGCAAAAUAAUGUUUAA